AAAGGAGAUAAAAGAAAAAAAAAACACCCACAAUAUGUUUUCCCUACAAAAAUAUUAUUAAAUUAAUGGUAUCUAAUUGCUUGAAAAUAAUUAAACCAACUUUGGUUCAUGAUAAAAGUAUUUGUAUUUCCUUUUUUAGAAAUACAAUCAGCUAUCUCCCCUCGAAUAGGGAGCUUUAUUACAAGUGUGAAUUUUCACGCAGUCAAAAAACUGACCUAGCCUAGAUUUACAUCACACUUUGUCUGCACACAUAUGGAGAAAAAUAUUUUAAUUUAUAAAAAAAAAUUAUAAACUUCCUUAAGAGGAAUUACCAAAUGGUCACUGGAUCCUAUCUUUAUAAAAUUUCGCUUGUAUUAUGAUGAUUAAUCAUAUUCAUAGCAUGGGGCCAAUAUUUAAUUCAAAAAGGAAAAAGACCCCGCAAUAAAUACAUCAGUUUAAAAAACAAAAGAAUAAUAAUAAAUAAAUAUAAAAUAAAAAAGUAUAUGUUUUUGUAUAAUGAAAAAUUCUUUCAUAGGUUUUCAAAUUUUGAUGCUGUGUUAUUGAAAAAGAAAAAGAAUAAAAAGCAUAUUGUUUCCCAUUUCUCUUGCGGCUACAAAAGAUCAAUCCAGCUAACUUUUAAAUUUUAUUGUUACCAAAAUUGGCUAAAGAACACUUCCACCUGCUCUUAAUGUUUUUUAGGGUUCAGGAAAAUUAAUUCGAAUUAUAAGAAAUUUCAUAAGAAAUGCAAUGCAGAGGUUUUUUAUGUGCUUUUUAUACAGAUAUGUUCAAUAUGGAUUUUCUAUCCUUGUUGUGACAUUGAGUUAAUAGAAUUGGGAUUGAAGAAGAGACAAAAUUAAAACGGCGAGUUUAUUGUUAAGGAAAGAACUUGGCUUUUCCAUACUUUGAACAAAAUCUAUUUAGUAAAUAUUAAUUUUUAACAAGCUCCAGAAAAAAAAGGAAAACAAAUAAUUUCUUAUUUUGAUAUGGUUUGCUGAAAUCGAACUUUAAGCUGUGAUGAUUGAAACUCCGUGCUCCCAUAUAUGGGCACCAACAUGGCUAUCAUUAUCUACAGCGGUGCUUUCAGCAAUACUGCUAAUCUUCACCGUAGUUGGUAACUUAUUAGUUUGUUUCGCUGUUUAUAAAGAUCCUCACAAGAGACUACGAACGCCAUUUAUGUUUAUCUUGGUCAACUUAGCUGUAACAGACUUGGUUGUUGGUGUAAUUACGCUCCCUUUAAUUGUCGCCACGCAUUCACUGGAAGCGUUAGGAACUAAGAAAAACGAGCAUGUCAUAAUUACUCGGAUGACUUAUUUUAUAUCCUGCACUGCGAGCAUACUAAAUUUAACAGCCUUUUGCGUGGAUCGGUAUAUAGCAAUUAACUGGCCAAUAAAAUAUCGACGCCUUUUGAAUACAAGAGUGUGUCUAAUGAUAUUCGUCGCGAUAUGGGUCACUGCUAUUAUCAUCUCCUGUUUGUAUCUUGUCGCAGGUUUUAUCAACUUCCUGUUUAUUUUUGCUCAAGUUUCCUUCUUUUUUGCCAUUGUUAUAUGCGGAGUUACGUUUCGGUUAUUACGGAAAUUAGUUAUUUAUUCAAGGGAACGCAAGACCAUCACCAAUAGAAGCAAAUCAACACGUAAGGCCGAUAAGAAAGUCACUAAGUUGUUUUUAGUAAUGCUGUUCAUGUUUUUUAUAUGCUACACGCCUGCUAUUAUCAUGAUGUAUACGCUUAAGUUUUGCCCAAAAUGUCAUUGCACGUUCCGACACGUUUUGCGUGACCUGCAGUUUCUUUUUAUCGUAUCAAACAGUGCUGUGAAUCCGUUCGUGUGCACGAUCCGAUUAAAACCGUUUCGCCAAGCCCUGACAACAAUUUUUUCAAAAGUAAAGAAAAAAGAUAUACCUGGUGUUUUACCAGCCAUAUCUCUACGACCGCUACAAAAACAAGGAACUGCGCAGUUUUCAGUGGUUAUGCCAAAGCAUGAAGACAUUGAACCUAUUCUAUCGAAACAAAACGAAGAGGAGGAGGACAAUCAUUGCAAUGGUAAAAAUGGGCUCACCAACGGAGUCAACAAUGAUUAAAAAAAUAUGAUGGAAUCGUAACCGUGUUUUACAUUCGAAAAUAAAAUUGAGAUUUUUACGACAACAGAUGUUAAAAAAACUAUAAGUUAAACAAAAAAAGAAAUAUAGUAUAACAUUUUGAACAAAGUAUUUAUUUCGAUAACGUCUAACUUAAGCACAGACUUGUAUUUUUAGCAAUAUUACGUGACUUCAAAGCUUUGGAAGCUUGGCAGUCAAAUAUACACAGACCCUUUUUA